AUGAAAUACAGCUUCCGAAGUUCCGUCUGCUUGUACCACGGCAACUGGUUAUCCUUCGGAGUGAGUUCCUCCUCGGGAACGUCAGGAUCGACAUGGUCAACCAUUGCGUCCUGUUUCGCCGACAUCACCUACGUCGGUCGCGUCGCCGCCGCCGGCAAGCAGCACUACAACAUCCCUUUCCACACAAACUGCUGGCUCAACUUCGACGAUUCCUCUGAGCUGGACACGCGGGACUUCCCCCUCGUCGUCGGUGGAGGCGCAGCGCCGGGAGACUACCCGUCCGGCGGGCCUUGCCCCCACGUCCUCGACAUCUGGCGCCACAACACCCCAGCGCUCGACUUUCUGGUGCCGGACCUUUACUUCCACCACUACGAGUCCGUCCUGGCUCGCGUUUGCGCGACCUACGGCGCCCUCGGCACCGGCCCAUUCGGCAUCGACACGGGCGCCGAGGGGUUCGGCCGCAAGUACAAGCUGCUGGCGCAGACGCAGGAGCACCUCCUCGCCGCGGGGCCGGCCGACCGCUUCGGCUUUUUUUUCGACGAAGAGCCGUCGCCCGGCAGCACGGAGCGGUGGACCAAGGUCAUUGGCGACUUUGAGGUCAUCGUAGAGUGGUGCUUUGUCUUUGGCAAGCAGAGCUCCGGCGCCGGCAUGGUCAUUCACAAGGGCAACGGCAAGUUCCUCGCCGUCGGACGGGGCUUCCACGUCUACUUCAAGAGCGUGAGGCCCGAGGCGACGUUCACCGGCAUCCUGCAUGCCGAGGAGAAGGAGGUCACAGAGACGGGCGAGCUGAGGACACUGAGGGUGUUCAAUGGUGAUGAGACAAGGAGCGGAGAAUUCCUCAUGAUGCCGAAUGACGACCCUGACUAUGGCGGUUUCCCUAUCGCGGUGACGAUUCCUGCGCGGACGUGCAUUGCUGAGCUGGAGGCAUACUGGUUUGCCGAGGCUGAAGAGGACAGGUAA